CUCUUCAAUAAGCUGACGAACUUCCUGCGAGCUCAAUACGAUCAUUAUGGAUUCCAAGAAGUCAUUACACCCACGAUAUACAAGAAAUCCCUAUGGGAGAAGUCAGGGCACUGGGAGAACUAUGCAGAGGAUAUGUAUGCCGUUACUGGUAGAGGGGCGUCGGGUGAGAAGGAGGGCCGCCAGAUAGGAGAGGACGAGGAAUAUGGAUUGAAGCCCAUGAAUUGUCCUGGACACUGUCUACUUUUCGCAUCGCAGAAGAGAAGCUAUCGAGACCUUCCAAUACGCUUUGCCGAUUUCAGUCCUUUACAUCGAAAUGAGAUACAUGGGGCUUUGAGUGGUCUGACCAGAGUGCGACGAUUUCACCAAGACGAUGGGCACAUUUUCUGCCGGCCUUCACAAAUUCGAGAAGAGAUCUCCAAGACCUUAGAUUUUGUCAAGACAACCUACCAGACUUUUGGUCUCGGCCCUUAUAGGCUCGCACUCUCGACAAGACCAACAGACAAUUUCAUUGGAACACUCGAGGACUGGAACACUGCAGAACAAGCAUUGAGAGAUUCUUUGGACGAAAGCGGCCAAGUCUGGACGAUUAACGAAGGCGAUGGAGCAUUUUAUGGUCCGAAGAUUGACAUAAUUUUGAAAGAUUCUGAUGGCAAAGAACAUCAGACCGCUACGAUCCAGCUUGACUUCCAGCUCCCAGAACGAUUUGGUUUAGAAUACCAAGCUCCAGCACCUUCGCUAGAACAACGAGGAUUGACAACAGAAGAUCCUGCCCAACUCGAGGUCGAGGGACCCGUAACCCCCGUACUCAUCCAUCGAGCAGUUCUGGGAUCUGUGGAGAGGAUCAUGGCUUUAUUGAUUGAGCAUUAUAAUGGCCGUUGGCCAUACUGGCUGAACCCUCGUCAGGUGAUCCUCAUCACAAUCAAUGAUUCAUCGGAAGUGGUGAAAUGGGCUGAAAAGGUUAAGAGAACGUUACAGGGCACAGGCGGUAGCCGGAGUUGGGGAGGAGCAGUUCUUGCCGGUGAUAAGAUAUCUGUUGACAUUGAUUCUACUCCUCGAUCCGUGAAGAAGAAAGUUUCAGAAGCAAAACGAAAACGAUAUGCUGUGGUCGUGGUCGUGGGAAACCAAGACAUUGAGCUUGAGCGUGUCGUCGCCGAUUUCACUGGCAUCCCG